AUGUCAAUCAUUCCACCCUCUGGUUCGCUCGUUCGUUUCGAUAAUCCAACACUGAUAACAUCACAAAAUGAUAAAGAUCGUAAAGGUGCCGGCCCUAGUAAGCAAUCAACAGGAUUGGAUCAGCAAAUGAUGGAUGUGACUGCUGGUGGUACAGGUUCACCUCGACUAGCCAAAAAACAGGCAGCAAUGAAAGAUUUAUCACUGGAAGAAAUUCUCGAUAAAAUUCUUCCACCAAAAAUUACCAAAGAUCCAAACAAUGCUGAUCUACUCUAUUGUCAACGUAUCUCAUCAACGCCAGCAACGCGUCUCGAUGUCAUCAAUCUACAAGAACAGUUAGAUAUGCGUUUACAACAACGACAAGCUCGAGAAACUGGUAUUUGCCCUGUACGUCGUGAAUUAUUUUCACAAUGCUUCGAUGAACUUAUUCGACAAGUCGCUAUCAAUUGUGCUGAACGUGGUCUACUUCUUCUUCGUGUACGUGAUGAACUUCAAAUGACAUUACGUGCUUAUCAAACCCUGUACGAGAGUAGCGUAGCAUUUGGUAUGCGCAAAGCACUAAUGGCUGAACAAGGCAAAUCAGAAUUGGAACGUAAAUUGAUACAACUCGAAGAAGAUAAACGUGACCUCGAACGGCAGUUGAAAGAAACCAAAGCCAAUGCUGAAGCUGCCGAAAAGAAACUUAACGAACAACGACAGGUUGAAGAAAGAAAACACAUGGAAGAAAUUAACUUCUUGAAGAAAACUAAUCAACAAUUGAAGGCUCAAUUGGAAGGCUUGAUUGCACCAAAAAAAUGA